AUGCUUAAAUUUUAAAACUUUGACAUUCGGUUGAAUGAACAGAAAACAAAUUGAAAAUUAAGUGGAAGAAAAAAAUAAUGAUCCAACAUAGUUUUUCGCUAUGCAGAACAAAGAUAAAUGAAAAAUAAAAUUGCAAAAACUCUCCAACAACUAGUGAAACCGGUGCAAGUGAUAAUGGCAUGUGAUCUAACCUCAAAAAAACAACUAUGAAUAUUUUUUAAAUGUGAUCAAAAUAACGAUGUCACUCUUGUGUGGACAUAAACUGCUAAAGACAGGCUUUAAAAACUACUCGAAAUUAAGGAGAUUUACAAGCGAAGUUACUAACAGUGAAGUUCUAGUACAGUAUUUUGGUCUGCCCUCCUAUAAAACGAAUUCAUACAUUAAGAAGCAAAAGCUUGGCCGAAUAAGACCGGAGAAUCUCAUCCAAACGGCAAAUUUCUGUAAAGAAGUUGGUUUUGACCUUAAAACUGUGUUAGACGCCCCGAUGCUGUUACGUUUUUAUCCUAGUACAGUGGACCAGUACUACACCGUAUUAAAGGAAGGGGGUUUCAAAAACAUCACCCCUAAGGUUUUAGCCAAAUUUAGAACGCUUUGCCGCGCCCCAAUAUAUAAACUAAAAAAUCGACAUAUAGAUCGAAAAACAGACGUAGUUGCUAGUUUUAUAAGUCAUCUAAACCCGCGCCCUGAAAACUUUACUGUUAACACUUCUGGUGAUGAAGAGGUCUGGGCUGAAGCACAUUUCAAAGUACUGUUGGAAUAUUUAAAAUGGCGUUUGAAUGCUACUGAUGACGAUAUCGCCAAAUUGGUCAAAGUACAUCCAACCGUUUGCCGCAAAAGCUUCAAAUAUUUAUGCGAAAACAUUGCCACUGCAGAAGAAUUAGGUUUCACCCACGACAAAAUACUGAAAUAUGGAUACAUACUGCACGCUUAUCCAAAAUAUACCAAAGAAGUUAUGGAAAAGUAUCCAGUUGUGGCAGGCGCUUGUAUCAAGAGAGCGAUGCGGAUGUAUCCCAAAAUUGUAAACACAUCUCCCUCUAAUAUUAAGAGGAUCUUACAGAUUUUAAGGGACCACAACAUAUCGGACGAAGCAAUUGCAAAAAGAAUGAAUGUUUUGCAUAUAUCGCCAGAAACGGUGGAUAUUCGUUUACAUGAGUUAAAAAACGUGGCCGACUUCAAAGUGCUUUUGCACAACCCUAAUAUUCUCAAACUUGUAAUUCACCACAACAGGGCCAAAUCUCGUUUACAGUUCCUGAAAGAGUUGCAAUUAAAAUGCACAACUGUUUCAGUCCUAGGGAAUGAUAAUAACAAAUUUGAUAUUCAUAUCAGGGAAGGACGCGACGCCAACACUUUUACUGACAUUUACGCGUUUUUAAAGGGGACUUUUAAGAAAGAAGUUGACGAGUUUGAAGCCACCUUGAAAAAACACCCUUAUUAUUUACAAGUGCCUUUACUAUCAAUGGAAGAUACGUAUUUUUACCUUAGGGAAGAGAAAUUCUCAAAUUCUGCGAUUUUUAAAGUCAUUUAUAUUUUGUUAUAUCCCAAAGAGAAAAUUAAAAAUGCGUUCAAGGAGGUGAACCAGUUUGCUAGUCGACGUAGCAAGCACUUGAGCCAAAUCAGCCGAUUAAACCUAGCUUUGUACUUUAUUGAAAGGGAACACCAUUUUACAGGGGAUGGCGUUUGGGAAAAAAAUGAACGGAUAGAGGAAGCCGCUUAAAUACGAAACGUGUUGUUCUUUAUUAAUUUUAAUAUAAAUCUGUUUUCUUUCCUAGUGUUGUGGGGAAAAAAGAAAAGUACGGAACAUGAAUUUAUUACCUAAAUAAAUAAAUACACGGUGUAUAAAAUAUAAAAUUUGUUCUCCAAAUUAAAACUAUUAUCGCAGAAUCUUCGUUAAAACAGGAGCCAGCCCUUAAGUACUGUCCCAAAUUUGCAACCUAGAAUUGGACUAACCUUGAUGUAUUUUGUUGUAGCUUUCUUUAGCAACAUUGAACAAUGUUUCGGCCAUGGCCUUGCCAGUUUGCUGGACCAUGCCGUACAGUAUAGUAUUGCUAUCCUGCAACAGAUUAUACGCAUGGUCAAACUCCUUCAUUGUCCCCGCAUCCAUGACCAGAAUCUUGUCCGAAUCCAUCACAGUGUGCAGCCUAUGAGCGAUCGUAAGUACCGUACAAUCCGAGAAUUUGUUCCUAAUGGUGUUCUGAAUCAACGCAUCGGUUUGCGGGUCAAUAUUAGCCGUGGCUUCGUCCAGAACAAGAAUCUUAUUGUUGCGCAAAAUCGCCCGCGCCAGACACACCAGUUGCCUCUGCCCCACACUGAAAUUCGACCCUCCCUCCGACAUUUUCGAGUUGAGUCCCGAGGUCAAGUUCGACACCUCGUCCUUCAACUCCACGUCCUCCAAAGCGCGCCACAGGUCGGCGUCCGAGUAGUCGUCGAACGGGUCCAAGUUCUUGCGCAUAGUCCCGGAGAACAGCACCGGCUCCUGCGGGAUUAUCGAGAUUUUUGAGCGCAAGUCGUGCAGACCGAUCUCGGUGAUGUCGAUGCCGUCGAUGAUGAUGGCGCCCUGCGUGUCGCUGAGUUGGAAAAUCGCGUUGAUUAGCGAGGACUUGCCGGCGCCUGUGCGGCCCACAAUCCCGAUCUUCUCCCGCGGGUUUAUCGUGAAACUUAGGUUCUUGAGCACGGGCGGGUCGUCGGGGAAAUAGCGCAGGAACACGUUGAUGAACUCGAUUUUGCCGUCGUUGGGCCACGACGGAGCCGGCUUUUUGUCCGGGGGCGACUCCAGGUUGCCCUCGUGCUCGAUGUUGUUGUACUCGAGGACGCGCUCCACGGAGGUCAUCUGGUUCUCCAGCUCCGUGGACUGACGCAUGCCCCACUGGAACAUGCCGGUCAGGCCGAUGGCCUGCGUUAUGGCCAGCCCCACGUUGCCACCAAAUUUUUCUGAAAAAAAAAAACAAUUUUCGUUCAAAGGGAGUUCAAAUAUACACCGCAAUUUGGUUAUAAUUUUUGGCUGAAACAAUAUUCUUCCUCUAGAAAAAUCUGUGAAUUGUCUGCUGUGGACGUCCCUACUCCCUUUGCUUUAUUUACUCAUAAUUACGAUAAAGUUGCUAAAAUAAUACCGUUACAUAAAGGAUGCUCAACAGAAAAAAAUUAGAAACCAUCUUAAAAGAAAUUAAUAAUAAUUUUAUGGUUGAUAACAACCUUAUUUACGAAAACCUCAAAGUCGUAAAUCUACUGUAGAUGCCAUCCUGCAUCUAGCUGGCAUUAUCUCAAAGGGUUUGAACAAAAAAAUUAUGUUGGAUCAAUAUUUUGCGACCUACAGAAGGCUUUUAAUUGUGUUGGUCACAAAAAGUUGCUGCCUAAAUUAUCUAACAAUUUUGUAUUUACCAAUAAAAGCAUACAAUUUAUGCUAAACUAUUUAAAUGAUCGGUAUCGCAUAUGUAAAAGUAUAAAUGCCCGACCGCACACAGCUCAUUUGACCGGAAAGACCCGGGAAAAAUGGCAUUUUCUUCUUAUAGCCCCAGUAUAUCACCUUGUGAUUUUUUUUGAACCACCUAAAGAGGCACUGGAGAACGUUAGAACAUUUUGCCCAUAACUGGCGUAACACUCGACCAAAAAACUUCUAUAAAGGAUGUAUUAUGAAACUGCCAAAGUAGUUUAAAGAGUUUUGUUAAAAUUGUGGUCCAAUAAAUAGUUAUAAACAAAUUUCGGUUUAACAGCGAAAAAAUAGUAGUUUUAAGAAUCCGGCGCUAGUUAGUUAUUAGCGGAGCGAAUUCUUACCGUUUCCAAUAACCAAGAAACUAAACGUGACCAAGGUGAUGUAGAUGAUGCAGACAACGUCCAGCCAAUACCCGAAUGCUCUUGAGGUUGAAAUAAAGCUAAACCAAGCCGAACUGUGCAAAUCUUGAUGACCAUCGAACUCCUUUUCUAAGAUUUCUUGAGCACCAAAAGCCCGAAUUGUGGUUAAGCCUUGAAGCGAGGCAUUUAAGUGUGAAAAUACAGGACUUCGGGCUACAAAACACACGUUUUUAAUCAAUAAAUCGUUAAUAUCAGAAGACUCACUUAUGCCCUCCAAACGUUUGACAUUCCGACUUGUCCGUAUGUAGAAAAUCCUCAAGAAAUAGAAAAUAAUUCCGGCAACAACAGUCGGUACCAUCAACCAGGGACUAACAACAGCCACAACUAUAAUAAUUCCAAGGAGGGAAAGCCCGAUUUGCAAGCAAUCAAUCAUCGCAGACGUUAAAAGUUCAUCAAUAGAACCCAUAUCUUUGGAAAACCGGUUCAAAAUCCGUCCAGCACUAUUCGUAUUGAAAAAUCUCAUAGUGGCCCGUGUUAUGCUCGCAAACAUGUUGUCGUGAAGUCGGGUGGACGCCCUCAUGCACACGGAGAAAAACGUGAACGAACGGAUCAAAGUUAUGAUUAUCAAAAGCCCGAUAAUGACCGAAUAAAUAUAAAUUGACGUGUCCCGAGAGAAGUGCCAGAAAUCGUCAUCUUGGGCCUCGGCAACGCUAGUUUUGUUUUUUUGAGCAUCUUGUUGUUCGAUAUUGACCCUAAAUCAAAAUAUAGAAUAAAAAAUGAAACUACCAAUCAAACGACUUACCAAUAGGUGAUAAAAUAGUCGGCAAUACUUGCAAAAAUCUGAGUUACGAUAAACAGUGCGAAAAGUACGAAAAUGACACAACAGUUGCCCCCAGCUUUGAAGUAGCCCAAGUAGACAUCGGCCCCAACCGAGCCUGUGCCCUUCUGUUCCUCCACGAUUUUCGGGGCUUCCCCUUCGACUGAGGCAAUGCUUCGGAUCGAACCCUGCCUUAUCAACUCUUCUUCUUUUUUCUUCUCCUCGUCUUCGUCCUGCGCCGCCCCCAGAAGGUUGGUAAAGUCCAGCCCCGUCGCUUGCAAUUCCUUGAAACUCCCUUGUGCUUUAACAACCCCGUCAUGCAGGUAAAUAAUUUGAUCCACUUCUUUCAAAUAUUGUAACUGAUGAGUAAUCAAUAUGACGGUCUUAUUUUUCAAGUAACCGGCGAUGCAAUUCUCGAACAAUUGUUUACCCACGUGUGUAUCAACAGCUGAUAAUGGAUCAUCCAGUAGGUAAAUAUCGGCUUGUUUAUAGACGGCCCUCGCGAGGUUGAUCCUCGCCCUCUGGCCCCCACUGAGGGACACCCCUCUGUCCCCAACCAUCGUCUUGUCCCCAUAAGGCAAAAGGGUGAAGUCGCGUUCUAAGGCACAUUUUUUCACCACAGUUUUGUACCUGAGCUUGUCCAUUGGCAGGCCGAAGAGUAUGUUUUGGCGCACACUUCCCGCAAAAAGCCACGGCUCUUGUGACGCGUAACUGAUUUCCCCAUUAACCGAGAGACUCCCGUCAAACAAGGGCAGCUCUUGCAAAAUGGCAUGGAACAGGCUGCUCUUGCCGCUCCCAACCGGCCCAAUAACCGCCACCAACUUCCCCGGAACCGCCGUCAAAUUCACGUUGUUGAGCGUGUUAUCGCUCGAGGCUUCGCUCCACUUGGCUGAGGCAUUUUUCAUGAAAACGCCCAAAUCGCGGGCCGCGUCAAUCCCGUUCGAGAUCAGAUUGUCCUUCUUGCCCUCGGCUUGGCGCCGUUUCAGUUCUUUGGCGAUCUGGGUCUCGUCGUAGAGCAUGAAUUUGUUCAGCCGGGCGAUGGAGACGCGCGCCUCGGCCACUUGGGAAAUGCCUUGGGGGAAAAACACGGUCAUGGUUUGGCGCAGAAUGUUGUAGAACGAGGUCAAGACGAAGACUUUUUCGGCGGUUAUGGUGUUGUCGAACAGGACGUAGGCUAAGACACUUGCGAAGAUCGACAUCCGGGUGGUGAACAUGAUGAAGGAGAGGGUGAUGCCCCGCAUGUAGGAGGAGAUUCGGAUCGAUUUGAUUUCAUAGCGACGGGCGAGAGCCACCAGACUUGCGAAGGGUUUCUCCCAGGCGUACAUUUUGAUCACUUGGAUGCCGGAGAUGAUUUCGUUCAUCAAACGGACGCGUUCGUCGGUUCGGAGCGCGGUUCUCAGGCGGAGGACCGAAAUCCGCUUCCCCAGGAAAACUACGGAAAUUUUGAAUUUAAUUAAAGGGUCGCGUCCAGUUUUUAGCACUAUGGCAAAUCGAGGUGGAGUAAUGUUAAGCCACAUUUUCUUAAAUGCGACCAAAAAUAUAAAUGCGAAUAGUCGAUCAAUAAUUUUUUCAAAAUUAAAAAAUUUAUCCACGAUAAUAGUAUAGAAAUGCCAGACAAUAUUUAGACGAUAAUUUUACAAAUAUAUGGAUAGGGUGACGUUCCAAUUAUCCUUGGCCACCCAGAUCUAACGCCUAACGGUUUAAAACGGGUUUCCUCCCAAAAAAGAAAGCUUUUUGAAAAAUUAGUUCAAGUUAUUUUUAUUACGUUAUUGUUUAUGUAAUAACAUAAACAGGUACUAAUAACCUCAUGGCUGUUAUUUUGUUUACUGAUUAAAUUAAAAUGAUUAUCUUCUUUUUUAUCGUUCAAGUAAUAAUAAUUCAUAUCGAAAUUUUGGCCAGUUAAAGCAAAGUUCACAAUACCCAGAACAAUUGCUGUCCUGGAAAAAAAAUGAAAAGAUAUAAAAGAUAGAUCUAGCGUUAGCAGAAAUUUGAAUUUUUGAUUGUAUUCACCUUUUUUAUUUCGAGAUGUUACUGUUUUGACUUUACAAAAUACUUACUGAUACUGAGAAAUUUCUAUAAAUAAUGUGAGCAUAUUUUGAGAAUGAAAUUUUGCCUUGUUUUUCAGUUAUGGACAUUUCGUAACAUUAGUCAUAUAUUGAUUAUUUAUUCAACUUUAAUUUGAAAAUUUAGCUCGCUUACAUAACAAACCAGAGCUCAUAAAAUAUAUUAAUCGCAAAAUUUAAAAAAAUCGGGUUUUUAUAAUAAGAAAAUUGGCAACGAAAUUAAAAACUAAAAUUUAAAAAGCAAUUUUUUUUACUAUAUGAUUAACUAAUUAGUGAUUACUGAGUAAUUUGACUUUUAUUAAUGCAAUGUAAAUAGCAACUUUAUGAAACGAGCCUUGGCGAGUGUCGUAAAGAGUACGAGUGUCUUAAUAGACAUUCAAUGCGAGUUACAUACACUAUUUUUUUCUACGACGACCCGACCGGUUAAAAUAAGAAACUUUUUUUUUUCAAAAUGCCAUAUUUAUUAAAUGUCAAGGCAAUCUAAUAGUUGCUGCCAUGUUACUUUUUCAUUGGUCACAAGUUGUCCUCGUGGUCGCUUCACUGCAUUCCCAUUGGUCAUUGGUAUUUUAAUGAAAAAUUUCAUAACUUUAAAAAUAGUAUUGUUUCAAAUAAAUUAUAGGCUGUUUUGUGUAAACGACACAUUAGAAGUACUGCCACAUUCAACGAUGUAAUCCGAAGAAUUUUUGAGACUUAUUUUCAAUGGUAAUCAAUGUUUUUCAUUGUUUCUGGAUUAUACUCCUACAAGGCUUUGUAACAAUAAGAAGGCAUUUUUCGUUCUGAUUCCUUUGGGUAUAAAACUUCAAAAUGUUUAAAUAAUUUGUAAUCGUAUUUGAAAGUACUUGCUGUUUCAAAACUAAAAAAAUGACAAAGAAAACCCACUGAUUAAAAAAAAUCAUUUGUGAAAAGUUGUUAAAAAGAUUUUAGUUGCUGUACAUUUUUUUGUUAGACGUACUCACUUAGGAAUGAUGCUAAAACUUGAAUAAAAGAAACUGCAAAAUCGUCCAUAAACCCCCAGAGUACCUGACCUGACCUGAUCUCAAGAUUUAUUUUUAUUUUGUAUUUUGCUUUGAAAAGUGUUAAUAGAAGAUCUUUGAUAGACCUGACUUGACCUUACCUUGAAAGAAUAUUAAUUGUGUUGCCAUUAGUUCAUACACAAAGGUAGAACCUAUUAGAGAACAAAUCAACAAAGACUGAAUUUUUCGGUCUUUUUUGAAUCGAUUUAUUCUGCAUUUGUAAAACCUUAUUGGCAAUAAAAAAAUGUUAACCCGGGAAGAAAAGUAUCAGCUUUCACAUGCUAUUUUCAAAAAUUCAUUUGGUUUUGUCACACUCAAGUCUUAUCGGAUUUAUUGAACGCCUUUAUUUGCCAUAUGCUUUACUACACGGGACGCCAACCUUAAAUUAACAACUUACUUUGCAGCGGUAUAAACAGCAGAAGAAACGCAACGCCAAUAAUCGCCGAGUAUCCAACUUGUAAGUACAUGAAGUAAGUACAAACGAUGGUCUCAAGUGGCCCCACCCAUAACUGAUGGGCGAAAAGUAGAGCAACAUCGAAUCUGUUAACAUCGUUUGAUAACAAAUUGACCACUUGACCCGCAGUUGUUUGACCCAAAGCCGUUUUGCUCAGUUUCAGUGUUUUGCGGUAGAUUAGUGAACAACACGCAACCCUCAUUUUCAUCCCUAAAUGCAUCACCCCCAACAUUUGAGGGUGCGAAAAUGCAAUGUUUGCCAGGGAACAUAUCACGACUCCGGCGGCGUACCAGUAAGCAUCGGUUUGUGAAACUUCAGUAUUGAGGGGUUGGUAGAACGUUAGGAGUUUUCCCAAAGCCAGCGGUUGCCCAAUUCUGGAAAAACGGCAUUUUUGAAUCUGCUAAAACACUAAAAACAACAAAACAUGCAAAAAAGAGGAGUAAAAGGAGCAUGCAAAAUAAAAAUAAAAAU